AUGCCAUCUUUGGGGCUACAGAUCCUGGGCAUCGGCCUGGCUGUCCUGGGCUGGCUCGGCAAUAUUCUCAUCUGCAUGCUACCGAUGUGGAAGGUGUCUGCGUUCAUCGGGAACAACAUUGUGGUGGCGCAGACGAUCUGGGAAGGCUUGUGGAUGACCUGCGUGGUCCAAAGCACGGGUCAAAUGCAGUGCAAAGUUUACGACUCUCUCCUGGCGCUACCCACGGAUCUGCAAGCCGCUCGAGCCAUGGUUGUCAUCGGCAUCUUGUUUGCGUUUUUUGGGUUACUGCUGUCCAUUGUGGGGGGCAAAUGCACCACGUGUAUUGGUGAGAAGGGAGCCAAAGCACGGGUGGCGAUCUCUUCCGGCGUUUUCUUCUUUUUGAGUGGAGCUCUUUGCCUCGUGACGGUGUCGUUGCCCGCGAAUACCAUCGUCAAGGACUUCUACAACCCUUUGGUCCCAGAUGCGCAGAGGAGAGAGCUGGGAGCCUGCCUGUAUUUGGGAUGGGGGGCCUCGGGACUCUUGCUGAUUGGAGGGGCCCUGCUAGCUUGUCAAUGCCCCAGCAGAGAGAAGCGAUACAAUGGACCCGCCUUUGUCCCCAAGUCCACCUCGCCUGAUAAAGAGUUUGUCUGA